AGAUGAGAAGUGAUGGUAUGUUUGGCGACAUACAAACAGCACUUUCUGAGUCUGUGUGUGUACACGCAAAGCUUUGAGCAGGUGGCUGCCGUGCUGUUGUCUCAUUGUGUUUGGUGUGUCAGUGGAUGCUACCAAUCUGAGCCGCGAGACACCAGUUCUGUUUCCUUUGUGAGCGGGCGAGAGAGAGAGAGAGAGAAAGAGGAUAAGGAAGGAGUGGAGAGUGGAUAGUGACAGAGAGAGGCAGAUGAAAGCGGCGCAAACACCCACCAGCCUGAUUUCUCUUCCACCUCCUCUCGCAAACACGGCUUUGUGUGUAAUGAUUAACCGAUCGGAGAAAGGCGAGAAGAUACCACCUCAGCCCUCAUAGGAAGUGACACAUGCACAGCAACAUUAUAUAAACACACAGUGUCUUCGAUCAGAGAACAGUGAACAUGACCGGACCAAAAGGAGGAUACUACGAAGCAGAAUUGGGGGAGCCACACAAAUUUGACCCCACAUUCAGAGGACCUGUUCACAACAGGGGCUGCACAGACGUGCUUUGCUGUGUGAUCUUUGUCAUCGUCAUCCUCGGUUACAUCGUUCUGGGAACAGUGGCUUGGAUGCAUGGGGAUCCCCGGAAAGUGGUCUACCCGACAGACAGCUAUGGGCAGUUCUGUGGACAGCAGGGUACUCCUAAUGCAAAUAAAGCCAUAUUAUUUUACUUCAAUAUUUUACAAUGUGCCAAUCCUACAGUCCUCAUUAACCUCCAGUGCCCUACAACUCAGCUGUGUGUAUCCAAGUGCCCAGACAGAUUUGCCACAUACAUCGACAUGCAAUACAACUAUAGACGCAAUAAGAGCUACUGGGAUUACUACAAGCUAUUCUGCAAGCCGGGCUUCAACAAUCCUGAUAAGCCGGUUUCUCAGGUGCUUCGGGAUGAAGAUUGUCCCUCAAUGAUUGUGCCAAGCAGACCAUUUCUCCAGAGGUGCUUUCCCGAUUUCAUCACCAGAAACGGGACAUUAACUGUUGCCAACAAAACAAGCUUCAAGGAUGGACACGGUAAAAUCAGAAGUGUCGUCGAUCUGAGAGAUGCAGCAAACAAAGUUACGGCUAUGCAGCAAGGAACAGAAAGUGGCAUCACCAGCCUGUUGGAUGCAAAGGAGGUGGGCGUCAAAAUCUUUGAGGAUUACGCCAGCUCAUGGUUUUGGAUCCUAAUUGGUCUGGUGAUAAGUAUGCUGGUCAGUCUGAUCUUCAUUCUGCUGCUGAGGUUCACCGCUGGCGUUCUCUUCUGGAUGGUGAUCUUUGGGGUCAUCGCGGCUAUGGGCUAUGGAAUAUGGCAUUGUUACUGGGAGUACAGUUCACUCAAGGGGAAGCCGGACUCUGACAUUACCAUCUCAGACAUCGGAUUCCAGACUGACUUCCGGGUUUACUUGCAGCUGCGUCAGACCUGGCUCAUGUUCAUGAUCUCCUUGGCUGUCAUUGAAGCUAUCAUCAUCUUAGUACUGAUAUUCCUGCGGAACAGAGUUCGUAUUGCCAUUGCUCUUCUAAAGGAGGGCAGCAAGGCUAUUGGCUGCAUCAUGUCAACACUGUUCUAUCCCAUCAUCACCUUCCUGCUUCUGGCUCUUUGUAUUGCAUACUGGGCUGUUACAGCUGUUUUCCUGGCAUCAUCUGGUGACGCAGUAUAUAAAGUAAUGUCAACGCUACCCGACUGCAAGUAUACCAACCUCACCUGUGACCCAGAGACCUUCAGUCAAUCCAACGUGACUAAACUGUGUCCAGGCUCCCAGUGCACAUUUGCUUUUUACGGUGGGGAGAGUUUGUACCACCGUUACAUCUUUGUUCUUCAGCUCUGCAAUUUGCUGGUCUUCCUCUGGCUGGUGAAUUUCACCAUCGCUCUGGGUCAGUGCACCCUCGCCGGGGCGUUCGCCUCGUAUUACUGGGCCUUGAGGAAGCCAGCAGACAUCCCACCUUGCCCCUUGGCUUCAUCAUUUGGCAGGGCUUUAAGGUAUCACACAGGCUCUCUUGCGUUUGGAGCUCUGAUUCUGUCCAUUGUACAGUUCAUCCGGAUUAUUCUGGAGUACCUCGACCACAAACUGAAAGGUGCUCACAAUGCAUUUACACGCUUCCUGCUGUGCUGCCUAAAAUGCUGUUUCUGGUGCCUAGAGCACUUCAUCAAGUUCAUGAACAGGAAUGCUUACAUUAUGAUUUCAAUAUAUGGGAAGAAUUUCUGUGCCUCAGCGCGAGACGCUUUCUUCCUGUUCAUGAGGAACGUUAUGAGAGUUGCUGUUCUGGACAAGGUGACUGACUUCCUGCUGUUCUUGGGCAAACUGCUGAUCUCAGGGAGUGUGGGUGUCCUUGCAUUCUUUUUCUUCACCCGCCAAAUACCAGUAAUCCAGGAAGAGGUGCCAUCAUUAAAUUAUUAUUGGGUCCCUCUGCUGACUGUGAUAUUUGGAUCAUAUAUGAUUGCACAUGGGUUCUUUAACGUCUAUGCCAUGUGUGUAGAUACAUUGUUCCUCUGCUUCUGUGAAGAUCUUGAAAGGAACGAUGGCAGUCCUUCCAAACCGUAUUACAUGCCUCCAGGCCUGCACAGGAUACUUAACAAAACUGAUCAAGGAGGCAAAAAGUAUGCAGUGUCCUGAAACUGUCACCUCAGUGGGACGUGAAGAACCGUGCUAGUACUGUAGCAUGCUGCAUCUCUCCCGCAGCACAGCAAAGCCUUCUGGGAUAUGGAAUCGGAUAGCAUUUACAGAAGCGAUCUUCUCUCUGCACUGUCUGCUGAUACUGACUGACUCCUGCUGUACUUUUUUCCUUCUUUUUCUUUUUGCUGAUAAUUCUGUCCAUCAUUGCCUUACCCAUGUUUGUCUUCUGGAGCAAAGGUCUGAUAAUACUCUGGUAAUCGAUGAUGAAAACAAGUUAUUCUCUAUAUUUACUCUCUUUAUAUUGCAAGUAUCCUCUUUCUCUUUCUAUACAGUCCUUCGUUUUCAUGUCAUUUUUGGUUUAGAAGUUCAUACAGUACAUUGAUGUGCAUGUGGAUGGAUUGACCGAAUUCUUAGUCCACAUGAUUUUAAUAUUAACUUUGUCAUAAUCUAUUGGAAAAUGCUAUUGUAUUGGAGGAAUCUUAAUCGAUACAGUGUAUAUUCUCUUAUAACCAUGUUUUGAUAGAAUCUAUGAAUUUUCAGGUGUUCUGAUGGCAGUAUUUAGUAACUGGUUUAAAAGGAAGAGUGCUAAUCUCCUUUGUUUUUUGCAAUCAAUCUGAAAGUUUUUCAAGUUCAAUUUAUAAAA